CAGCAUCGCAGCACCCCUCUCUCUUCCCGUGUUGCACUCCUAAUAUAUCUUGCCCAUCAUGAACUUUGAUUCCCUCAAGGAGCAGGUCACCAACCUGUCUCUCUAUGACAUCAAAGCCGGCGUCCGGAAGGUCCAGAAUGCUGUGAUGAAUUAUACGGAGAUGGAGGCGAAAGUUAGGGAGGCUACGAAUAAUAACCCUUGGGGAUCAUCUACGACCGACAUGCAAGAGAUAGCCAACGGCACCUACAACUACCAACUCCUCAACGAAAUCAUGCCCAUGAUCUACAAGCGCUUCACCGAAAAAGCCGCCGACGAAUGGCGCCAAAUCUACAAAGCCCUCCAGCUCCUCGAGUUCCUCAUCAAGAACGGCUCCGAGCGCGUCAUCGACGACGCCCGCUCCCACCUCACCCUCCUCAAGAUGCUGCGCCAAUUCCACUUCAUCGACGCCAACGGCAAGGACCAGGGCAUCAACGUCCGCAAUCGCGCGAAGGAACUCACUGAGCUCCUGAGCGAUGUAGAGAGGAUCAGAACAGAACGCAAGAAGGCACGCGCUACAAGACAGAAAUACACGGGUGUGGAAGGCGGCGCGGGUCUCGGCGGAGGGGGCGGCUCCAGUCGCUUCGGCGGGUUCGGGAGCGAGGAGCGCGGGGACUAUGGCGGAUACAGCGGGGGCGUCUUCGGUGACGGCGGAGGCUUCGGGGGUCAGCAGAGUGGUGGCGAUUAUGAGCCCUCUCGCGCGGGCGGUAGUGGUGGAGGCGGCGGAGACAGAUUCGAGGAAUACGACGAGUACGACGAAGAUGUCGCCUCCCCCAGCAGGCGGCGCCCCGAACCCUCCCGCACCACUCCUCGCGCAGGCACAGAGCGCAGCACAGCGAAACCUAAAGCCGCACCCCCCGCGCCCAAAGCACCGGAAGUAGACCUCUUCUCCUUUGAUGAGCCAUCCCCCGUCCCUGGCCUCGGUGCCGUCGCUCCAACAUCCCACGCCCUCGCAGCCGCCGAUGAUGAUGACGACUUCGACGACUUCCAGUCCGCUGCCCCGCCCCCCUCGGCGCCGGCUACGACGUCAACGACGACGCCGUACACGCAGUUCGCGUCGCCGCAGCCCGUUUCGGCGCCGAAACAGGCGGAUCUGUCGACGAUGAUGGGGGUUGCUUCGCUGUCGCCUGCGCCGAGCUCAACUUCCACCCCAGUUAACUACUCUGCCUUCUCUAUCCCUGCGCCUGCGGCUUCUUCUUUCGGGGCACCUGUUCAGGCGAUGCGACCACAGCCGAGUCAGACAACAAGCUAUCAGUCCGCGCAACCUAACUACUUCACCUCUGUCAAAGCCCUCGGUGCAGCAUCCACCAGCAGCGCACCCCUCACCGCCUCUUCCGCGAGAGCCAGCACCCCCUCUGCCGCUGCGGCACCGGCCAAGAAGGGUGGCGACGCAUUCGGCAACCUAUGGAACACAGCAAGCGCGGGGGUCAAGAAAUCCUCUGCCCCCGCUCAGGGACCGGCGCUGGGACAAUUGGCGAGGGAGAAGGCUACGCAGGGGAUUUGGGGGGCGGGGGCGCCGAAGGCGCAGAGUGGGAAUGUGGGAGGGGGAAUGUGGGGGGAGGGGGAGUGGAGGGGGAGUGGGUUGGAUGAUUUACUUGGUUAAGUGGUCGAUGUAAGGGAAGGGGGAGGGAAGGGGGGGUGAUCUUACGGUUUGUUAGUCGAGGCGUUUAUAUGUAGAUAUGGGGUUUUUUUUGGGUGGUGGAAUGGGGGAUUGAUUUGAUAUGAAAAUACUGUGCUAGUUCCCUGCUCUGCAUCUUUCGACGGUACUUAAAUAAAAAAGAGGAUCCCCAUCUACGCAGUCCAUCAACCCUACCGCAUCUCUAUCCCUGACGCCAUGUUAUCAUGGCAAGGAAUAGAUCUAGGUGAGACAAAAAAAAAGACAGAAUAGCCAUCAUAUUGGGCUUGCCUGCUCUCAUCUUCUUCGCUGGGCGUGGGCUAGAUAGACGAUUAGAUGGGUUGGGGGAGUGGUGCUGGUGUGGCUUAGGGGGGUUGUUAGCGGUAGUGAGAAGAAGAGAACGGAGAAGAAAAAACAGGGGUUGAGAACAGUGAGAAGCCAUUCCCAGCAAGAAGAAGCGUGGCCCGAAAAAAACAUAGCCAGCAGCAUGACUUUGGCUUCGCAAAUCCCUGAUAUUCGGCAGGACGGUAUUGCGGAUCGAGGAGUGCUGAUGUAUCAGUUC